CUUCCCACCUCCUAUAAAACGAUCAAGACAGCCACGACGAUGACAAUCCUGCUGGUGGCCGGACGGAAAAAUGGAGAUAUUUUUAAUGUCCUUGGCCAUAAUCCUGGGGUGCACUGCCUUUUAUUUAUUUCAUCAGCAAAGGAAUCUGCACAGACCCCCUUGCAUAAGUGGCUGGAUUCCUUGGUUUGGAGCUGGGUCCAGGUUUGGAAAAGCUCAUCUGGAAUUUAUAGAGCAAGCAAGAAUCAAGCAUGGACCAGUAUUUACAAUUUUUGCCCUGGGUAAUCGAUUUACCUUUGUAACUGAGGAAGACGGUUUUGAUGUAUUUUUCAAGUCAAAAGAAAUAAAUUUUGAACAUGCAGUGGAAGACCUGAUUGAGGAGCUGGUAUCAGUUCCAAAGAGCACCUUUUUAACAUUCCAUGGUCUAUUAUAUGGCACGAUGAAAAACAAAAUGAAGAUUUCUACUCUAUAUCAGUUUAAUGAAAAGCUGGUAGAAGGAUUACAUGAACAACUGGAAAAUUUGGGCACUGAUGGAAGCAAAAAUCUCUACAACUUAGUAAGGCAUGUCCUGUGUCCUGUCACAGUGAAUAUUAUUUUUGGCAAAGGCUUAUAUCCAACAACCCAGGAGGAUAUUCAAGAAUUCCUCAAACAUUUUCAGAUUUAUGAUGAUGGUUUUCAAAAUGGAGGUCAGAUGCCAGGAUGUUUUUUAAGAAACUGGUCAAAAUCCAAAAUGUGGCUUCUAAACCUAUUUGAAAAAAGCAUUACUGAUCUAGAGAGGAACAAAGUUUCAGAUGAUCUGACAUUGGUGCAGCUGAUUACCAACACCUUAAGGCAUGGAGCAAAACAAAAUAAGGCUCCCAAUUAUGCUGUAUUGCUGCUUUGGGCUUCUCUGUCUAAUGUUAUUCCUGUUGUAUAUUGGACUGUUGUUUAUGUUCUUUAUAACCCUUCUGUUUACGAGAAUAUUAUGGAAGGCAUAUCUUCUGUGUUUGGUGAAGCAGGUAAACAUAAAAUUGAAAUUUCCAAAAAUGACCUGAAAAAACUCCCACUAAUUAAAUGGUGUAUUUUAGAAACUCUUCACUUAGUCACCCCUGGUGUAAUCACAAGAAAAGUGAUUGAGCCAGUGAAAAUUUUGAAUUAUACUGUUCCUUCUGGUGACAUGUUAAUGUUGUCUCCUUUUUGAAUCCAUAGAAAUCCAAAGUAUUUUCCGGAACCUGAAUUGUUUAAACCUGAACAUUGGGAAAAGGCAAAUUUAGAGAAGAAUGCUUUCUUGGACGAGUUUGUGGCAUUUGGAGGAGGGAAGUACCCAUGUCCAGGAAGGUGGCUCACUCUACUGGAGAUUGAAACCUAUGUUGCUUUAGUAUUUUAUAAGUAUCAAUUUAAUCUGCUAGAUCCUUUUCCAAAACAGGAUUUUAACCAGUUAAUGGGUAUCCAGAAGCCAUUGUCACCAUGCCGGGUGGAAUAUAAAUGCAGAAAGUAA